ACAAGAAUGUGUCGCAGACUCCAUUAUAAAAAUGUGUCGCACAAAAAUGUGUCGCAUUAUAGAUGUGUCAUAGCCUAUAUGUCAAUCGUUCAUUCACCGUUUUCGUUCGCGAGUGCAGCUGCAUAUAACCGAGCCUAUUGGACGUGCUUGACUUAUACAUUUUCGUAUGCCUUUUUUUUCUAGAUUAUUUCUCGACCAUUUAUUAUUGGAGAACAUGCCGAGAGGUCGCUAGAUGAUCGAGAAUGGACUGCCUCGAAGUAGUAUGAUCGAGAUCAAAUAGUCUCGAGACAGCUAGAUCUUAAGAUCUACCGUCUUGAACUCCAAGAAUAGGUGCUACUAUUUGAAAUUAACUGAAAAAAUAGUAACUCUUCGAAUUUUCAAAAAAAAAUAAUCCUCAUGCCGAAAAAUGUAUUCGAACCACGUGUUAAAGAUGUGUCGCAUGUGUCGCACAAGAAUGUGUCGUACGUCCGCUGGAAGAAAUGUGUUGCAACGAGCUCCUCGUGUCGCAUAUUAAUGUGUCGUACAUUGUGUCGCAAAGUACGACACAUGCGACACAUUUUAUCUUAGUGUGUAUAGUAAAGUUAUCUGUUGUAAAAGAUCCGGCCCCUUCCAUCUGACCUCAGAUAGGCCUAGCACAUUGAGCUUCAGCCUUUCCAUUUCUUUCUUCACGUUUUCCAGUUUUCCCUUUUGGAACAUAGUUCUUCCAUUUCAGGUUCCUAUUUUGAGCGAGUUCUUGGUAUGGAAAGUAGCCUGAUGACGAUCGAGGGUCACCUGUCCUUCGUGACCAUCCAUACCGAGCGAGGUGAUCUCUCCGAGAACUCCCUUCACGCUGUUAUUUCGAAUGGAAAUUUUGAUGUUAAUCAUGGUGUGCUUAGGACUGUACAGCGGUGGUUUCCCCUUGCCUUCCGCCGACUGAUUAUUACAUCUACUAAUAGUGUAUUUUCAUUGACAGACAAUGAUCAGUUAUUUUAGAAUAUAGGUUUAUAUAUAAUAGAAUAGUUUGUUUUUCAUAUCACUCUUUCUUUCCAGCUUAGUAUGAUAUGGGCUCUACUAACAAAACGAAAUUUAUUGUAAUUAUAAUGGUUUUCAUUAUCCACAAAAACAACGAAUCAAAGAUAUCGUUCUUCUUCACAGGUCUGUCUAUGUUUUAGUUACGACUUUUUCCUCAGAAUUUUUCCAUCGAAUUGAAAAAAUAAAUUAUCGUUCACUCUUUUUCGGAUAUUACUAAAUACAAUAAAAGUUGAUUUAAAAAAUAUUUCAAAUUUCAGGAUAGACUUUCUUAGCGUGCAUUUGUUUUUCUUUAAUUCUUUGUAAUCAUUGCAUUGAUGUUGUAAAAUAUCGGUGUGCUAUGAGGAAGAUAUUGCCCAGUGGCAGUACACGUCCUUCAGGCCUUUGAACGAUUACUCUCUUCUGGGUGUGGGUGUGGAUGGCGGGUAUGGGGUGUAGCUGUGGGUGUGAUCCAUCUGUUGAUGCCUACCCACACCCACACCCACACCCACACCCAAAGAUUAAUAUACAGGUUUGUAGAAAACUCCGUAGACUUUCAGAAUAUGUAAUUAGUUUUUAAUAACGUUAUUAUUGUUGAGACAAAAUAAUUGAAAUACCGACUGCAGCUAUUUUUUUCCAGGAGUAUAUAUCUUAAAUAAUAUUGAAUAAACAUUCUUUUUUUUCGGCUUCUAUCCUCAUUUUCGUUUUUCUUGUUGCUUUGAAUCAUUUAAUUUAUCAGAAUUAUUUAUUCAUUUCUCUUCGAUUAUUUCAGCUUAACAAAGAAAUUAAAAUAAAAAUGAUUUCGAAAAUAAUCUUCUAUUUGUGCUUACUCAUAUUAUAUACAAGUAGUUUAUCAUUUGAAUCAGUUAUUGUGAAAGUAACGAACAUGAAUUGGUCAAAAAUAAUAUGAAUGAUAAUAAAAUAGAUCAAUGUCAAAAUCAAAUGACAUUCGAACAAAUGAAAAAAUUAUUAAAGCAAUAUCCAUGAGUUUUAGUUGAAAUUGAAAACAAUAAUACUAAUAAAAUUAAUCGACGAUAGAGACGUUUUGUUGGUGGUACUCAAAAUAAAAUAAAUGCUAUACAUGCAACUAUUAAUGAACAUCGUACCAUGAUUAAUUUUUUAUUUAAUAAUUUCAUCAAUGCUAUAAUUUUAACAAAUGCCAUUUAUGAUCAUCAUUCGAAGAGUAGUCCUCAAUUUUCAAGUUGGCGUGAUAUUGUUGAUUUAACUUUGAUUAUUUUAGUUAUUUUACAUAUUCUUUAUUGUUUAAUAUUUCGAGCUGGUUUUGGUCCAUGUAAUCGUUGCUUAUUAUUAUUAUCUGAAUGGUUCACUCGUCGUCUUCAACAACAACAACAACAACAACAACAACAUGAAGAAAAAGAACAAUUUCAAAAACAAAUACAGAUACUACAAUAA